CGUCCAUACACAUCGGACUGGACCUGCUCCUGUCCUGGUGGUGUGGAAGCAAGGCAUCGCCCUAAACCAGACGCACAAGGGUUUCCUCUUGCGCUCAACCACUACCGGCCACUCCACCACCAUGCCAUGCCCUCGCGUGCAAACCACACACCCCGCCUCUGCAUCUACCACUACUCUUGCAAGCUAACAACCUUUGUGUGUGCCUAGCUUGCAUCUCUCUCGUCAAGGCACCAACCCAACAUUUGGCUCUUCUUCUUCUUCUUCUUCUUCCAACCUCAGAACAGAUAUCUCUCUAACUGCCAGGAUCAUCCGAAACGGCAUCCUGUGUAUGAUGGAGUCGGCGGCGAGGUUGCGGUACCGCCGGCCGGACGAAGGCGGAGGAGCAGAGGCCGAGAGCAGCAGCAGCAGCCAGGCCGAGCAGGAGCAGGAGCUGGAGCUGGAGGUCCCCUGCCUGCUAGACAUCUACGUGCACCACGCGCGCGGCAUCCACAACAUCUGCAUCUACGCCGACCAGGACGUGUACGCCAGGUUCGCGCUCACCUCGGCGCCCGACCACGCCCCGGCGCUCUCCACGCGCGUCGCGGCGGCGGGCGGCGCCAGCCCGCGCUUCGACGAGCGCCUCCCGCCGCUGCGCGUCCGGCCCGGGAGGGUCGCCGUAGACGUGCUCAAGUGCGAGGUCUGGAUGCGCAGCUGCGCUAAGCGGAUGCUCGACGACCAGCUCCUCGGCUUCGCGCUCGUCCCGCUCGCCGCCGUCGCGGCCGCCGACGGCGCGCGCCUCGACCGGGACUUCGAGCUCUCGUCCACCGACCUCUUCCACUCGCCCGCGGGGACCAUACGCCUCUCCCUCGCCCUCCACUCCGGGAUCCCCGGCGACGCCUGCCCGCCACCGGAGCGCGGCGCCGAGUCGUCCAUCGCAUCGGAGGUGGUCAUCCUCGAGCCCGUGCCACCCGUUGACUACUCAAGGAUCCAGUUCGAUGACCUUAAGGUGGACCAAGAAAACCAAGCCAUGGCCGUGCAGUACCUCCCGUUCUUGCGCCUCGGGGAGACGCCGCGGCCGCCGGAGACCAUGGAGGACGCCGAGAUGAGCACGAGCCCGCGCGGGGAGAAGGCAGCGUCAUCGGAAGACGGCAGCAAGAACGCCUCGACGACGACCAGCACGGUCAGCGACGACAGGGUGAUCUCUGCUUCCGCCGGGGCGGUAGAGAAGCCGGUCGCCGACGCCGACAAGGCCACCACGGUGCCCAUGUCCUGCCGCUCGCCGGACACACCGACGUCCUGCAGCGGGCACAAGGCCAGCGACGUGUUCAAGUCGCCGCUGGGGGACAUCGACAUCGACAUGGAGGCCGAGCAGAGCGCUAUGCAGCGGCAGAUCAUGGAGAUGUACGUGAAGAGCAUGCAGCAGUUCAGCGAGUCGCUGGCCAAGGUGCAGCUGCCGUUGGAGCUUGACGGUGUCGUCGUCCAGAAGGAGGAGAAGCCUGGCAGCAACAAGGUGAUCCACAUCCAGCCGCAGCAGCAGGUGAAGAAGGAGGGGGCGAGGGUGUUCUACGGAAGCAGAGCUUUCUUCUGAACAAAACUUGCAAAGUAAAUUCGGGACAGCAAUAAUCUGCCGUUUCACAAUUAUUAGGGUUUUUCCUGUCAAUUGAUUGAUGUUGUUAACUUAGUUCAUUCGAUCAUCUAAAGUACGGAUUCACAUACUGUAAUAUAGUUGAGACUUGAGAAGUUUGAGAGUAAAAGUGGAACAUAAUUUUGCGUGGCCAGUCACCAGUGUAGUACGCUCUGUUCAAUCUUCAGAAACACAACAUAACUCUGUGAAGCCAGAUAAGAGUGUGAAGUUUGUGCA